AUGGAGUCCGGCCGCCGCCAUGAGAUCGGCAAUAAAAUCGUGGCGCUAGGGGGUACGCAUUACACCGAUCUAAUGAGCUCUGUCCAAUACUUGGUGGUGGGGAAAAGAAAUACUGAAAAGUAUCGGUACUCCAUCCGUUAUCGUCACGAUAUGGUAUUUCUUACCGAGGAAGCAGUCACAGAAAUUCAUUCCCGAUGGGUGGCCGGCCACGACUAUGGUCUCGACUUGGACACUUUUCGUCUACCUAUAUUCUUGAACUUCACGGUAUGUGUAGCACGCGUGGAGAAACCUUCUUCUCAAGAGCUGGUCAAAUUAUUUGGCGAGAAGUUCCGUAAUCCUCCCUCAGGAAAGUUUCAAUUGGAACCAAAAAAUGCAUUCAAAGCCGACGAAAUCAUCCGCGUGAUGUCAAUGUUGGGUGCCAAAGUGAGCACUACUUUAACCCCAACUUGUGAUGUGCUCGUAGGUACAGACACCGCAGGACGUCGUUAUACUAUGGCAAACGAAUGGAAAAUUCCUGCUGUGCAUCCUCUCUGGGUUUUUGACUCUUGCCUUCGAGGAGCAGCUCUCGAUCUUGACGAUUAUGUUGUGAACUGUGAGGUCGGAAAUUUAUACAAUAAUGGAUCGUUUGUAUGGAAGAAACUAUACUCGUUACAUAAAGAAGAUAAAAAGACUACCAAGGAGCUAGAGAGAAGAGAACGUGGGCAAUUGAAAAAGAAUCUGGAAAUCUGGUCUUCCAUCAUGGAGAAUACUAGAUCUCAUACUGCCCAAAUAAUACGAGACAGUACCUGGGACGAUCCAGGGUCUGAAGAAGAGAAAGGCUCGCAAACAAAUGGCACUAUCAAUAAUAAAGGUUCUCGUGAAACUGCUGAAAGUGAAUAUGACACAGGUACUCUGGAUAGUCUGCUAUUCCUGGGAUUCAAGUUUCUCCCUGUGGGUUACCUGAUUCCGCAACAAAAAGUGCUUAAGAAAGUCGUGGAAUCCCAUCAUGGUGAAAUCGCAGACUCGGGCGAUGACGACACCAUUACACAUAUAUUACUAUUAGUGAAAAAUGGUCCACAAGCAAAUCUUAUGCUUUCGGCACUUUCAAGUGGCACGAAGAGAAGAGUACACAGUAAAGAUAUUCAAGUUGUCACUGAUUGGUUUAUCGAACGAAGUAUUUACUAUAAUGAGGCUCGCCACGAUAAUUGGUCCAAACCACUUCAGGGCCUAGUGCCUCUGGCUACUCGAUAUAAAGUCUGUGUAUCUGGAUUUACUGGGGUUGAGCUCCUACAUAUCGAGAAGUUAGUUGGAUAUCUCAAUCUCGAAUUCUGUGAGGUACUCAACUCCAAUCGAGACUUGCUAAUUAUCAAUGUGAAUCUCUUUAGGAAGGCAUUUUUGAAGAACAGUCCAGAACUCUUCGAAUACAAACAUAAGGAUAUUUUGAACUGCCCCGUCUAUUCUAAUGGCGAAGCAUCUCGAUCUGUUGCAACAUUAUCUUCAAAGAACAAGAUAAAUGCCGCCAAGAAAUGGAAUAUACCCAUUGUUUCGAUAGCAUACCUCUGGGAAAUGAUCGAGCGGCUGACAGGAAAAUCCCACUUACAGAUGCCAGAUAUCCUAGACCUAUCAUGGUGCAUUUUCGCUCCUCAAGCCAUGGCACGGCCCACUACACUUUUGGAUUUCGUUCGGAAAAUGAGUAACAAUUUCUCAACGCAAGGGAACAUAGAGGAGGCAAAUGAGGAAGAAUCAGUGCAACUCCCAUCGCCUCGCAAAUCCAAAGAUAAACCAAAGUAUGGACGUUUGGCUGGUGGGGGUGAAUCUCUUACAGAAAAGUUAAAAAGAGCCCGAGAGGAAACCCCAGAGGAUUCUUCUACAACAAAAGGCUGGCAUGAGGAAUCAUUCGACAAUGAUGAUAACCUCACUCAAGUUGGCUAUGCCAACCAGGAUUCCAUCAAUAGCAAACAAGAGUUGAUGAGGAAGCUCGAAGGAACGUUGGACAGAUCGAAGAGGUCUCGUAGGGCGAAGUAG